GGGGUCCCCAAAGUCGUCAAAUAACGUCAAGAAACAGCAGCGGCAGUAGCAGCAGCUCAACCACAAGGAAGAAGAUCAGCAAAGACUUUCUCGUUCAAAUCUCUCGUCAGGAUAUCUGCUCUUUGGGGUGAUUUGUUUUGAUGGCUUCGAAACGGAUCUUGAAAGAGCUCAAGGAUCUCCAGAAAGAUCCCCCUACUUCUUGCAGUGCCGGCCCUGUUGGUGAGGACAUGUUUCACUGGCAAGCAACGUUAAUGGGACCUCAAGAUAGUCCUUAUGCAGGGGGAGUAUUUUUGGUUACCAUUCAUUUUCCCCCUGAUUACCCAUUCAAACCUCCAAAGGUUGCAUUCCGGACUAAAGUUUUUCACCCAAAUAUAAACAGCAAUGGCAGUAUUUGCCUUGACAUCUUGAAGGAGCAGUGGAGCCCUGCCUUAACAAUUUCGAAGGUGUUGCUUUCGAUUUGUUCGCUUCUGACGGAUCCAAACCCAGAUGACCCCCUCGUGCCAGAAAUUGCUCACAUGUACAAGACAGACAAGGCCAAGUACGAGCAAACUGCACGGAGCUGGACUCAGAAGUAUGCAAUGGGAUAGUGUCAUUUGCAGUGAGUGCUUUCUUAAUGUAAAAAUGAUGUCUUUUCUGUCUGCUUUUGAGAACAAAUAUAGAAUCAAGCUUCAAUUGUUUCCGGCUGAACAAAUGAAGCUGAUGCUUUGAAUUGUUGAUAUGGAAUGAUUAUUGGGGAAGACUGGAUAUUGUCUUUGGAAUUGUUUGGUAUGUAAUUAAAGUAAUUCUGUUGAAUCCUUCAUUUUCAUUUGCUAAUUGUCAGCUCUUGGAAA